GAGUAGACCACCAAAGAGAUCGAUUAGGGCCCCAAUUCUGAUAUUUACAAUGGCCGAUGAAUUAAUAAAAAUGACACUUUCGUAUUAUCUUAAGCAUUUUCCCCACACAAUAAUUGCAAAUUCGAUACGGGAAGGUGCACUCAAGGUUAAAACUUACAAUGAUGGCAAAAUCCUUAAGAGAAUUGGAAUAAUUUCAGAUUUUAAUCCAAUCGCCAUUCAUUCAUUGGCCAUUGUAAAUAACAGAAUCGGGGACUAGUAAUAUUACCAGUCUCUGUGAUGAGAAUCUUUUUAGUCAAAGGCACAGUGUUAUUCUCGAAAUAUCAUGGUACAUUUCGGAUGGGAUACUUUGAGAACCGGCAACCGGUGUUCCUUCCUGCUAUGUGUCCAGAAAACGAACUGUACUAUCCGGGAGACCAAAAAGAUGACUGGAUUUGUGACUGCAGACCAGCAUAUCUGUUCCAUCCAAAAUCAGACUCGUGUUGGCCAGCGUAUCGAAAGGGACCCUGCGAAGAUGGACACUACCUAGUCCUAAAGUCAGAUUCAGCGAUACCGGUUUGCGAGAGGAACCCCUGCUCCGUGGAUUCGUACGUGCUGUUCAACGGCAGAUGCGAGCGGCUGGCCGACCCGGUCCCCUGCCGGCACCUGUGGCCCAUCCCCGCCACGCUGGCCGUCAACUCCACCACCCUCGCCAUCGGCUGCCGGUCGCAUAUCAACUUCCCCAGCAGGUUCGGCGAAGUCCCGCCGCAAAUAUGCCCGCCAGGUUGCAAACGGAGUGUCAACGGAAAAUGUGUUCCUAUUGCUGCAUAAAUUAUAAUCUCACGUAACAUAAGCAUAAAUAUUUUUACUUAA